UGUCUGUGCCUGUGUGCGUCUUGGAGCUGGAAUUUUGGGAGUGGAAAUGCCACUGUUACUUUCACAGUUGGCGUCAAGUCGAAUGAGAGUGACCCUCUGACAUUCUACUGUGUCGGUCAGACAGCGCGCUCGGAAAAGGGCCGAACCGUUACCGAACGAACGCAGUCAAAAGGAAUAGGAAUUGGGGAUUUUAGACGGGGUAGUAGUGAGUGUAUGAGAUAUUAUUGAAUCUUUUAAGUUUAUUACUCCACUUUUGAUAUACAAUUAUCAGUUAUCGAUUGAUAGGCUAACUGUUGGGGCACUAUAGGCGUCUGGAUUUUCAGAAUCAACAAUUGUUUUCUGCGUUUGGAUGAUUAUUAUUUUUAUUUUCCUGGGAAAUGGCAAGUUCUUAUUCUGCGAGAGAAACACGACUUUCCGAGGAAAGAGGAAACAGCAGCUGAACAGGCUACUAAAGGAUGCUGGCAACCUGAAGCUGUCAGACAAAUUUCUCCUACAUUUCUGAGACAUUUGUUGUUUUGCUUUGAGGACUAUAAAACCGUGGAAAUAUCAAAGUUUAUUUUUGAUCUUUUUCUUUUUCUUUUUUUUUUUUACAGAUUUGUAUAUUUUACAGUCCAAUGAUGUAUUGUGGAUUUAUACUGUUAUUUUCAACCCAACUCAUUGUUGUGGCUCCAUUGAUUCAAAGCGUUGCAGAUAAAUGUGGAGAUAACAUUGAGAUAACCAAUGCAGAUUAUCUCACCUCGACUGGCUAUCCGAACUCAUACCCUCCAUCACAGCAAUGUAUGUGGGUGAUAUCAGCCCCAGAACCGGGCCAGAAGAUACUCAUCAACUUUAACCCACAUUUUGAUCUGGAGGACCGAGAAUGCAAGUAUGACUAUGUGGAGGUGUUUAACGGUGGGGACGAGAAGGCUCCAACCCUGGGGAAAUUCUGUGGGAAGAUCGCCCCCUCCCCUAUCAUCUCAAGCGGCAGCCAGCUUCUCAUCAAGUUUGUGUCCGACUACGAAACCCACGGGGCUGGAUUCUCCGUACGUUACGAGGUCUUCAAGACAGGGCCUGAGUGUUCCAGAAACUUCACCUCAUCCAAGGGCGUAAUAAAGACGCCAGGCUUCCCAGACAAGUACCCCAACAACCUGGACUGCACCUUCAUGGUCAUCGCCCCCAAGAUGUCCGAGAUCGUGGUGGACUUCGACGCGUUCGACAUGGAACCUGACACCACCCCUCCACCCGGGGCACUGUGUCGCUACGACUGGCUGGAGAUCUGGGACGGGUUCCCUGCAGUGGGUCCCCACAUCGGGCGGUACUGUGGUAACAGCAGUCCUGGACGGGUCAUCUCCUACACUGGGAUCCUGUCUAUGACCAUCAACACUGACAACGCCAUCGCCAGAGAGGGCUUCUCAGCCAAUUACACUGUCAGAGAGAAGAGCCUGCCACAGGGACAGACACCAGAGGACUUUAAGUGUGUGGAGGACCUGGGGAUGGAGUCAGGGGCGAUCACCUCGGAUCAGAUCACUGCCUCCUCUCAGUACAACUCUAACUGGUCUCCUGAGCGCUCCAGACUCAACUACAAAGAGAAUGGCUGGACCCCCUCUGAAGACUCCAGCAGAGAGUGGAUUCAGGUGGACCUGGGAUUUCUCCGCUUUGUCUCAGCCGUGGGAACACAGGGCGCCAUCUCCAAGGAAACCAAGAAGGAGUACUUUGUCCGCUCCUACAAAGUGGAUGUGAGCUCCAAUGGAGAGGACUGGGUCACAAUAAAGGAGGGAUCCAAGCAGAAGAUUUUCCAGGGGAACCACAACCCUACAGAUGUGGCCAGGUCGUUCCUGCCCAAGCAGACUCUGGCGCGCUACAUUCGCAUCAGACCAAUGUCCUGGGAGAUAGGCAUAUGCAUGCGCUUCGAGGUUUAUGGCUGCAAGACCUCAGACUACCCCUGUUCAGGCAUGCUGGGGAUGGUCUCCGGACAGAUCUCAGACGCCCAGGUCACUGCGUCGUCACACGCGGAGCGUGGCUGGGUACCGGAGAACGCCAGGUUGCUAACAGGGAGGUCGGGAUGGACCCAGCAACAGACCAGACAGCCCUUCAGGAACGAGUGGCUGCAGGUGGACCUGGGCCAGGACAAGCUGGUCAGUGGCCUGGUUAUCCAGGGAGGACACCACAGAGACAAGAAUGUGUUCAUGAAGAGGUUCAAGGUGGGUUACAGCAGCAACGGCUCUGACUGGACCAUGGUGAAUGAAGACAACGAUGCCAAGCCUAAGAUCUUCAUUGGGAACCAGAACCAUGACACCCCAGAGCUGCGUACGCUGGGCCCUCUGCUGACUCGCUUCCUCAGGGUUUACCCAGAGAGAGCCACCCCCGAGGGCCUGGGGCUCAGACUGGAGCUGCUGGGCUGUGAGAUCCAGGAGCCCACAACUGUGCCACCGACCACGCCUGUAUCGAUCACGUUUGCUGUGACCACGUUCGCUGCCACCACGACCGCGUCUGUGACCACGCCCGCGCCGACGUCAGAAGAGUGUGACGACGAGCAGGCCAGCUGUCACAGUGGAACAGGAACAGGAGCAGGAGGGGAGGACUACGACCCAACAGGUGACACCACAGUGGCAGACCCUAUCAUAGAGGGAGACCGCAUACCAGAGUACCUGUGGUUCGCGUGUGACUUUGGCUGGGCGGACAACCCAUCGUUCUGCGGCUGGACAUUGGAGACGGAUGCUGGUGCUGGGUGGAUGAUUCAUACCAGUGGGGCCCCUACAGUCCACAGAGGACCCAACCUAGAUCACACAGGAGGUCCAGGAAAUUUCAUCUACAUGCUGCUGGCUACUGAGACCGAAAGGAAGGAGGAGGAGUCAGAGGAGGAGAGGAUGGAGGAGAGGGUGGCACGCCUAGCCAGCCUGCCCGUCACCGCCCCUGACGCAGACCUGUGUGUGUCCUUCUGGUACCACAUGUUCGGGGAGCACGCCGGCACCCUGCACAUCAAACAGAACAAGGAGACAGAGGAGGGACGGACUGAGGCACUGCUCUGGACUGUCAGUGGACACCAGGGCAGCCGAUGGAGGGAGGGACGAGUGCUGGUGCCCCACUCUAACAAACCCUAUAAGGUGGUGAUUGAGGGAGUGGGAGACAGGAGCACAGGACAUAUUGCUCUGGACAAUAUCAAGAUCCUGGAUGGACUCACAACAGAGGAGUGUAAGGAUCCAGAUAUACGGGAGGCUCCUACAUCCCAGCCAACAGAGAUCUGCAUAUACCCAAUAGACCCGUACUACCCAGCGGUAGUGGAGAACAGCGAGCUGGGUGGCCCAGGCAACAUGCUGAAAACCCUGGACCCCAUCCUCAUCACCAUCAUCGCUAUGAGCGCUCUGGGGGUCUUGCUGGGGGCUAUCUGUGGUGUCGUCCUCUACUGUGCCUGCUCACACGGCCACAUGUCCGACAGCAGGAACUUGUCGGCUCUGGAGAACUAUAACUUUGAGCUGGUGGACGGAGUCAAGCUGAAGAAGGACAGCAAGCUGAAUGCACAGAACAGCUACUCAGAGGCGUAAGCUAAGGGCGUGAGCUUCCUCUGAGGGAAGGAAGCACAAGCAGCCUCAUAGCUGGAGGAACUAGACCACCGGACGGAGGGUUGGGACCCAAAUGGCACCGUAUUCCAUAUAUACUGCACUAUGUAUGGGAUAGGUUGCCCUGUAGUGCACUAUGUAGGGGAUAGGGUGCCAUUUUGGACGCAGUCAGCCGUAGAGAUGGUAGGAGGUUGUGACCGAGUCGUGAUAUUCUCAGGGGCUGCAGUGAAAGGAAUUUACCAGUAGGGGGCACUGUGUAUAAAGAAAAUGUGUACAGCAAAAAGGAUUAUUUUAGUUUUUUGGAUGUUUUGUGACGUGCUUUGUUUUUAUGUAAUCAGAUGCUGGUGUUGAGACCAAUUAAUAUGAAAGUAUUUAUCAUGUUUUUGUUAUUUUUCUUCUGAAAAGUUAUGAUUUUUCAUUUUUCUCUGAAGUCAAUACUGUUUCACAGAAAGAAAGAGCAUAAAAACUUUGAUUCACUAUCCUGACAUGCGGCUGGCUAUUCAGCUGGCCAUGUUAUGUUUCUGUUGUAUGUCGGCAUCGAUUUGUGCAUUUUGUGUGUGUGUGUGUGUGUGUGUGUGUGUGUGUGUGUGUGUGUGUGUGUGUGUGUGUGUGUGUGUGUGUGUGUGUGUGUGUGUGUGUGUGUGUGUGUGUGUGUGUGUGUGUGUGUGUGUGUGUGUGUGUGUGUGUGUGUGUGUGUGUGUGUGUGUGUGUGUGUCCAGAGGGGUGCUUGCCCUGGCCCUAGACCCUUAGUCUAGUUCCGACAGUGCCUUUUGAAAGUUUGUGUUGCCUUUUCUCUACUGAUUCUGUUCAUAGCAGUACAUAGGCAUCCACUGGUAGUGUCUGAUUCUGUUCUGAUCACAGCAGUACAUAGGCAUCCACUGGUAGAGUCUGAUUCUGUUCUGAUCACAGCAGUACAUAGGCAUCCACUGGUAGUGACUGAUUCUGUUCUGAUCACAGCAGUACAUAGGCAUCCACUGGUAGAGUCUGAUUCUGUUCUGAUCACAGCAGUACAUAGGCAUCCACUGGUAGAGUCUGAUUCUGUUCUGAUCACAGCAGUACAUAGGCAUCCACUGGUAGAGUCUGAUUCUGUUCUGAUCACAGCAGUACAUAGGCAUCCACUGGUAGAGUCUGAUUCUGUUCUGAUCACAGCAGUACAUAGGCAUCCACUGGUAGAGUCUGAUUCUGUUCUGAUCACAGCAGUACAUAGGCAUCCACUGGUAGAGUCUGAUUCUGUUCUGAUCAGAGCAGUACAUAGGCAUCCACUGGUAGAGUCUGAUUCUGUUCUGAUCAGAGCAGUACAUAGGCAUCCACUGGUAGAGUCUGAUUCUGUUCUGUACAUAAUUAUGUAUAAGCAUCGGCUGGUAGAGUCUGAUUCUAUUCCGAUCAUAUGAGUGAGUAGGCAUCAGCUGGUUAGAGUCUGAUUCUGUUCUGAUCAUAGCAGUAAGUAGGCAUCCACUGUUAGAGUCUGAUUCUGUUCUGAUCAUCAUAGCAGUACAUAGGCAUCCACUGGUAGAGUCUGAUUCUGUUCUGAUCAUCAUAGCAGUACAUAGGCAUCGGCUGGUGGAGUCAGAUUGGCAGGACUUCAUGCCAUCCCCAUAGUACAUGACACAUCCAACUUAUUGUACAUAGGUUUUAAUAUAUUUGAGCGGCCUUUUAUAUACAAAAAAAAAUACAAACUGCUGCAGUAUCCUUUCUUUGUGCUCUCUGUAUCAUAGGUGAUGUUGUCUGGAUGUCCUCAUGUAUUUAAUGGGUAUUUUGUGUUGUUAUGUUCCAUUGGUGCUCUCACAAUGCUGCCUGGGAAAAGAGUGUGUUAUUAUGGCCAAUGGUUAUAUUCGCUACAAAGGCCUAACAAGAAGAGAGUGAAGAGCCCAUCGGCUGUGUCUGAAAUGACACCCUAUUCCCUAGAGUGCACUACGUGCCCUGAUCAAUAGUCGUGCACUAUAUAGGGAAUAGUGUGGCAUUUGGGAAGCAACCAGACAACAGACUGGAGGGGGUGAAGCAUCUCUAGGAGAGAAAAAAUGCUGCUAUGACGAUACUUGGGCCAGUUUCCCAGACACAGAUUAAGAAUCUCUUUGAGAAUGCUUUUUUAGUCCAGGACAAGGCUUAAUCUGGGUUCUGGGGAACUGGCCCUACAUGUCUAUGGUGGAAUGAUGGACCUUGCUAGAAUGAAAGAUACUCUUCUGCCAUGCUGUUUUCAUGUACUGUAGCUUACAUCCUAUGUGCCCUCCUUUUGUCUGUAUUGAACACUAACGUAAAGAGUUCAUGCAAAACAAAGUACUAUAUAAAACGGCAAAAACAUGGAUCCAAGGUUCAAUGAAUGGAUGUGAUGUAGCUGUACCGUUUAUUCCUUGGGCCGGGGUCUAUUUGAGCUUCUAUGUUUCGCCUCUGUCAUGUUUCCUUCAUUCAGGGAACCGAGUAAGACAGAUGCUUCAUGGUUCUGCUUUGAGCUCUUAAUGGUAUUCCAUAUUCCACAGGAUUAGAAUCAUUCAAAUUAGAAUGAGUCCUUCCUGUUUCUAUGGUUCCACCUCUCGAAAUUGUAAGGGCCUCAUGUUUUGGUGUGGUCCUCUUCAAUAGGAAAGGAUGCUGCAGCACUAGAUGUGAAAACAAUGUUGCACUGAUAUAUUUAAAAGAUCUUUGUGUUGUUUAUGAUAUUGUUUUGUGAGAAAAAAAAAUUGAGAGAGGGAAAGCGAGAGAAGGAUAAGACAGUGUUACAGAUAACUAUUUUCUAUGGUUUCAGAUGACAUGAUAUCAUUCUGAAAUGUACAACUAUGGAGAUGUUUUUCAUUAUUGAAAAAGCUAUACACGUCUCUUUACUUACGUAAUGUUUAUAUUUAGUUGGUAUGUUAUAUCACCUUGUGUUUUUGUACUGUCACAAAUGUCUGUGCCAUUUUUUUCUACAAAAUGUUUUUUUUUUCUUCAAUCCUGCUAAAUGUAAUUUGCCAUCCCAGAUAUAAAAAAAGGAAAGAAAAAAUGAUUAAGUAGUUAAGGCCUUAUUGACUGAGGUAAUUAUGUUUCUAUACUUGGACCCAAAUGUCCGCAUUCCCUAUACUGUGCAAUACCUUUGUCCUGGGCCCAUAGGGCUCUGGUCAAAUGUAGUGCACUAUGUAGGGAAUAGGGUGCUAUUUGACUCCCUGGUCAGCUUCAAGACCUACGUAGUUUCCGACUGAUCAAUGACUACAACAUUCCAAAGAAUUGGAUCAAAUAAAUGUUUGAAUAAGA